CAUUUGCAAACGCCCAAUGAUUCUCUCCGUCGUGGGUCCCGCCAACGACGACGGUCCACCACCACCAUUAAAACCCACUAACAAGGGGCAGCAUCAGCAACCAAAAAGUCCACCAUCGUCAUCCCAACGGCAGCGCUUCAGGAGCGCGCGUCUAUAGCCGUCGGAUCACAGGCAGCCCCUGCUUUAAAGCUCCCUCCUUUUCUUCUACUUUGUAUUGACUUCAUUGCUCGUCCUUAGAUUUCAACCCCACGAUCUGAGAUCGGCAGAAAUGGCGGAGGCUUCGUCGCAGGAAGGGCACACCACUCUCUUUUCUCCGUACAAGAUGGGGAAGUUCAAUCUCUCUCACAGGGUGGUGCUGGCGCCGAUGACGAGGUGCCGGGCGUUGAACGGAGUGCCGCAGCCGGCACUGGCCGAGUACUACGCUCAAAGGUCAACCGCCGGCGGCUUUCUAAUCAGUGAAGGCACUAUCAUCUCCGACACUGGAGCCGGAUUUCCGCAUGUUCCUGGGAUUUACAACGACGAACAAGUGGAGGCAUGGAAGAAGGUGGUGGACGCGGUUCAUGCCAAAGGCGCCAUUAUUUUCUGUCAACUCUGGCACGUUGGCCGUUCAUCUCAUGAAGUUUAUCAACCUGCUGGGGGAGCACCAAUAUCGUCAACCAACAAUCCUGUUUCAAGGAGGUGGAGAAUUCUGUUGCCGGAUGGCUCUUAUGGCUUUUACCCUAAGCCUCGAGCACUCGAAACCCAUGAAAUUCCUCAAGUUGUUGAGCAAUAUCGCCAGGCUGCCUUGAAUGCCAUUCGUGCGGGUUUUGAUGGAAUUGAGAUUCAUGGGGCACAUGGCUAUCUCAUUGACCAAUUCUUGAAAGACGGGAUCAAUGAUCGAACAGAUGAGUAUGGUGGAUCGCUUGAAAACCGGUGCAAAUUCUUGAUUCAGAUUGUUCAAGCAGUGGUUGGAGCAAUAGGUGCUGAUAGAGUUGGGGUUCGAAUGUCACCAGCUAUUGAUCACAUGGAUGCUGUUGACUCUAAUCCACUUAUUCUAGGUCUGGCAGUGAUCGAAAGGCUCAAUAAGCUCCAACAAAACUGGGGCACAAAACUGACCUAUCUUCAUGUGACUCAGCCUCGCUACGCAGCCUAUGGUCAAGCGGAAGCUGGAAAACCUGGUAGUGAUGAAGAGGAAGCUGUGUUUAUGAGGACUUUGAGGAAAACUUAUCACGGUACAUUUCUUGCUAGCGGAGGGUUCACUAGAGAGCUUGGAAUGCAAGCUGUGGCUUCCGGGGAUGCUGAUUUGGUGUCCUACGGUCGCCUUUUUAUUUCAAACCCUGAUUUGGUUCUGAGAUUUAAGCUUAAUGCACCCUUGACCAGGUAUAACAGGAAGACUUUCUACACACAAGAUCCUGUUGUUGGGUACACUGACUACCCUUUUCUGAACAAAUCAAACGGGAAAGAGGAACCACUCUCCCGUCUCUGAUUUUAAUGUUUUGGAAAUUGUACUUGUACCAUUUGGAUGUCGAAUUAUCUGGUUCAAAUAUUUUAAGGUUACCAUUUGGAUAUUGAGUGAUCUGGUUCAAAUAAUAUAAUAAGGUUAUGUGGUUGUUUA